AAGAGCACUAAAAGUUGAGAGUUUGACAGCCGCUAACGAAGAGACUUGAGCAGGACAGUCUCAGAUCCGAUCCAGAUGAGCACUUGACUGCUGCAUGAACACUAGAGACAAAAUACUGCUUUUGCAUUUAUGGAAAUCAUGUUUUUGAACACACCCUCUACGGAAGGAACCCUGGACUUGUGCUCUAAAGUCAUACAGAACAGAGUUUAAUCUGACUGAAGUGUGGGUAUGUGUGUUUUUAAGCGGAUCUUGGAUGGAUUUGCAGUUUGAUCUGUAUUUCGCAUUUUCAUCGGAUCGUCGCUGCUAAAUAAUGUUCUCUGGUAAACAAACGAAGGCGACUUUUAAGUCUUAUCUUCCUCCUCUUCAGACUGAUUUGAAGAAAAGUCCUCAGCUGCCCAUCAAGAAACUAGAAGCGAAACUUCUACCAGGUGAAAUAGUCGUGAAUGAGGCAAACUUUGUGAGGAAAUGCAUAGGAGGAGAAAGCUGUCAGGAUGACCUAUGGGGGAAACUUGUUUGUACCAACUUCAAGGUUUCCUUCAUUACACAUAAUUCCUUGCCACGACAGAUUUUCCAGUGCACCCACCGCCUCAUGGGCGACCACGAUAUACCACUGGCUUGUGUGGACCAGGUAGUGACAGUGAAUGAUGCCAAGGGUAAGCAGAAGGUUUUAGGAUCCAAUCAGAAGCUGAAGUUUAACCCCACUGAGCUCAUCUUGUACUGCAAGGACUUCCGCAUCAUCCGCUUCUGCUUUGAUGAGGCUGGACCUGAGAGUGUUAAAAAGGUAUGUCUGGCCAUCGCUCAUUACUCGCAUCCUGCUGACCCACAGCUACUCUUUGGCUUCGAUUAUGUUGGAAAACAAUACCAUGCUUCAACAGGUGAGCGGGUGAAUGGUGUUGACCCUGGGGGUGGGUUGCAAACACCCCUGUUUGACUGUUCUUCUGACUGGGACAGAGAGAUCAAGCGCACCGGCGCCUCAGAAUGGAGGGUGUGUACCAUCAAUCAAGGUUAUUUAAUCUCGCCCAGUCUCCCAGAGUUCUUUGUGGUUCCGGUAUCUCUUGCGGAUCAGGAUCUGAAGCAUUACGCCUGCUGCUUUAACUCCCAGCGUAUCCCAUUAUGGUGCUGGAAUCACCCCAGCGGGAGCGCUCUGGUCCGAAUGUCAAACAUCAGUGACCUGCAGCAACAGAGGAAGGUGGAGCAGAGGAUUUCCAGAGCCAUAACUAAAAGCCACCCGCUGUGCAGUGAUGUCUUCAAGUCAGAUCUGGACAAAAACCUCCCAAACAUCCAAGAUAUUCAAGCUGCUGUUCUGAAACUACGACAAAUCUGUGUUUUAGAGUCCUUUGAGGAGUCUGAAGAGAAGUGGCUGUCAUCUUUGGAAAGCUCAAGAUGGAUGGAGUAUGUCAGGACUUUUCUGAGGCAUGCAGUAGAGGUUGUCUAUAUGCUAGAGAGCAGACAUGUCUCUGUCAUACUCUUAGAGGAGGAGGACCGGGACCUGAGUUGUGUGAUUUCCUGUCUGGUGCAGCUCAUGUGUGAUCCUCACUGCAGGAGUCUGCAUGGCUUUCAGGGUCUGAUUCAAAAGGAGUGGGUGAUGGCUGGACAUCCUUUCCUGGACCGCUGCAACCACCUUAAGAAGAAUGACAAAGAGGAGUCUCCUUUGUUCCUGCUGUUUCUGAACUGUGUGUGGCAGCUAUGGAAUCAGUAUCCAGCAGCAUUUGAAUUCACUGAGGUGUACCUGACGGUGCUGGGUGACAGUAUGUGGGUUCCCGUCUUCAGUACCUUCCUCUUUAACUGCCCCCAACAGAGAGCAGAGCACAGCAGGGAUUUUGCCAGUAGCAAGAGUAUUCACCUGGGGCAGGACCAGGCUCUCCGCUUUCCUCCUGUGUGGGACUGGUCUCAACAGUUCAGUCUUAAAGACCAGACUCUCUUUAACAAUCCUUUGUAUGUGGGCAAGAUUGCCACCUGCGUACAAAACGGCACAGUAAAGACAUUCUCACACAGAUGCAGCAAGAAAAACUACAGUUCCACACUGCGAGGUGUGCCCUCCACCCUCCGAAAUGGAUCAUUGGGACAGCAUGACACCCUGACACGGCGGAGCUCACUCGUGCUGCGUCUCCGUUCUGAUUUGUCUCAGGUGCGAGAGCAGCAGGAGACACCCUCACAACGCUUCGUUCUCGACUGGUUCUCUCGUCCUGUCAACCUACAGGGCCUGCUGCUCCCCCAACUCCUACCAUCUCACCUCUCUCUCUGGAAGCUCUACUUCUUGCGCUGGGUCCCUGAAGCACAGAUCACGCAGGGUGGCCCCAUCACUGCCUUCCACCAGCUCUCUGUGCUUACAGACGAGAUUGAGAUGCUCCAGAACCAGCUGAGGCAGUAUAACACGGCAGGAGGUACUCCUAACAACCCUCAUGUGGAUCAUAGCAAAAUGUACUUUAAGGCAACUUUGACUCCUCACCAGUCCCCUGCUCCUCCAGAGUACCUCAGCUCUUCAUUCCCUUUCUCUCCUGUGGGUAAUAUGUGUCGCCCUGGAAUCCUGGGGUCUCCUUUAAGCAAGUUCCUCAAUGGAGCCAAGAUCUGGCUCUCUACAGAGACACUGGCUAAUGAGACGAUCUGAGGCCAGACUGCUGGGAUAGACCUAAGGCCCCUGGACAAUGUGGAUUGUGAGGUUUUAAUCUUCAAGGGCAAUAGGCUGCAGUGCCAAAUCAAUGUCCAGAGACAUAUAUGAAGGUCUAAAGCCUAUGCCUUAAGCUACUCGGUUUAAUUAAAGUGAUAUUUUGAAAAUUCUGUUUUCAGUCACCCUCAUAUUGUGCCAAACCCGUAUGGCUUUCUUCUGUGGGACACAAAAA